AUGAUUGAAUUAAACACAACCAAGGACAUCAUUGUGUACUUUGACAAUUUAGGCAACAGAGCGGCACUCGUCACCUACAGGAACGGCGAAGAAAACCGCAUUAUACUUAAUUACGAAACAAAUGAAUUGUACAAUGUGACAGAUGGAGUUUGUCUUCUCUCAUCACUGUCAGACAGCCUGUAUGCUGACGUGUUUGGUGUAUAUGACUCGGACGGUUACAAUCAUAUCUUGUCUAGUGACACUGCCCUAAAGUUUGGUAAACAAUAUGGAGAGAAAUAUAUUGGCAAAGACGUAAUCGGAGGUAUUGCUGUAUACCAUUGGCAGGCAUGUCUAUACUGGGCUAGAGAAAACGCCAACUUUACAGUCGACUACUACUUUUCAGUUCCGGGCUGGCAGACAUCAUCAGACUUUGUGACAGUGCCUGUGCGGGCGGAUGUAAAGGGCAUCCUGAACAAGCCUUCCGGACCACAGAAUUUCCAGCACGUGUAUGACUUUUAUGCUUUUAAACCUUUCGCCGGAGAUGAUUCACUGUUUGAGACGCCAGCUGGAGUGAUAUGUCCUGGGCGACAACAGACCAGACGGAUACCUUCCUUACCAAAACAGUUCUACUACAGACAGGAAGUUGUCUCCCCUGAAGACGGAUACAUGACGUCUGUCGACGUGUGGUAUGAUGAGGCCUACCGACUGGUCAGGAUAGACUAUCGCCCACUAAGACUAGGUCCACCUUUCUAUAACAUCAACCCCAUUACACAAAUAGACGACUUCUACGGAGGUGUUAGGUACCUCAAGGACAACAUACUGGGGAACUGUACCAUUAUGGCAUUGGAUAAUGCGACGUUUGGUGUCAUGGAGAACCAGACACUGCUUCACAAUAACGGCAGCUUCUUACUCCAGAUGAAGAACCCUUUACAGCUCUUCAGCCUCAACAAAAACUUCACAUUUGUAGGCCAGAGGAGAUGUCGUGAAAUGCAGUGUAACGUGUUCUCGUCCGUAGUGACAAACUUCCAGGUUGAUGGAACGAACCAACCCAUCAAUGUUACUAUAGAGGCUUACUUCCUGGGUAGAGAAAUGUAUGACGUGCCAAAUCAUGGGACAAACAGUGAUGAAGGAGUUCCCGUCCAGUUGACCGUCAGCAGCGACAGUGAGACGGCCGAGUUCUACCGAAUGUAUAACAUCAUAGACUUUAACAAUGACCACCCAGACCUUUCCGUAUUCGAGAUUUCACCCUGUUAUCCAUCAAAAGACAAACUCCGCUUUAAUGUCCGCUUCCCAGCUUUAUUUAAUCAAGACACAGCCGAUGUGUUCAAGCUAAAAACACGACUAUUGAUAGCAGAGACAAUGAGCGUGUCUCCGAUAAGGAUACAAGAUGUCUCUGUCGACCAUGAUAUUGGAGAUGUGUUUCUGAGAGCCACAUUACUAGACAGGACUCCAGCGACAGCUCAAUUUACAUACACUACUGGGAGGGAGAUAGAGAGACAUGAUGAUCUGGUGAUUCCUAAGACGGUAUCUCCUAUGGAAUGUGCUACGUUCUGUGUAAACCUGAACAACUUCACGUGUAACAGUUUUGAUUAUUGUCCUACGGACACCGCUUCUUGUCGGUUAAGUAGGAGCCAUAUCGGUGACGGAACCGCUGUGCUGAUUCAGAGUGCCUGUUCUCAUUACUCAAGAAAUGUUAAUGGCCCACGAGCACCGGAGGUAACUAUGCUAGACGCGUACGCUGCUCUCCGCAUUGCUAUUUACAAUCAAAUUCUGGUGUUCCAGAUACAGGAGGAUACUGGUCAGAUGGUUGAUUACGUAGCCGUAGAUACACAAGUCCAGGAAGGAACUCUAACCCCUGUAGCAAUGCCCAAGUUAUCGGGACAGUUCUCCUACAGUCAGGAAGUCACAAUACCGAGUAUUGCUGAGGUCUAUAGCGCCAAAAUUUGGUACGAUUCUUUCUACAAAUUUGUACGGUAUGAUUACCAUCAAUCCUACCAGCCACGACCACCAUUUUACUCAACCAACCCAAUGACCUUUAUCCAUGACUUCAACACAGGCGUGGCGUAUAAUAUAGACAGGGAUUUCGAGAACUGCACCGUGGUACCGAUAGGUUCUGCUGCUAUCGACAGUGAACUAGAUCCUAAGUCAGCCCUGAAGAAUGGCGCGUAUGUUGUGCAGAUGAAGAGUCCACUCGAAUUUUUCCACAUAACAAAUAACUACAAAUUUAUUGGGCAGAAAUCAGUACGGGACCAGCUUACCAGUGGUUAUGAAACCAUAGUCCAUAAUUUCAGUAUGCCUGGACUGUCGUUUACCAACAACACAGCACUCAUCAGGUACUUCUUCCUCCAGGGUGGAUGGACAGAAGUGUCUGCCGAUUCCAGGGAUCUGACGUUCUCCCAACCUGUUCGCAUGGAGAUCACUAUAAUGCAGCUAGGACUAUUUUUGUCAUACGACUUCUUUGACUUUGAAGAAGUUUCACAUCCAGAUCUAUCCAUCUUUGAUAUCAGAAAAUGUUUCAGUGAAGCCAAUCAACGCCACUUUCAAAUACAAUUUCCUGGGAAAUUUCAUCCAUUCCUGGACAUAUAUAGCAAGAUAUUCAAGUUGAUGUCUCAGAUGAACAUGGCUGAGAGCACCAGUGCAUCUGUCAUCAGAUUCCAAGGGACGCAAGUGGAUUAUGACGACGACAAUAUAUACGUUACAAGCACUCUACUGGGCCGAAUUCCAUUUAUGGCUGGUUUUACGUUGGUGGCUGGAACGUUUACACCCCACAAGUCGGAUGCUAAUUUCCCAAACAUUAGAACGGCGAAAGGCUGUGCGGACAUCUGUUCUUCCCUAAGUAGUUUCCCUUGUAACAGUUUUGACUAUUGUCCCCAGGCCAACUUUUGCUUUCUGAAUAGAAACCACAGCCAGGAUGGACCGAAGGUUAACGUUAAUACCACCUGUUACCACUAUUCAAGAACUGUUCAGGACAGCACAAUACCUAGUCCUAGUAUAGAACAAGCCUACACCAGACUGAAGAACGCUGUUUACACGGGGCAAUUUAACGUCUCCAUACCUAAUGGUGAAAUGGCUAAAAUAUUUUCUGCAUCUUCCAUUCGGGGUGACAUUGUCCGACCCACUGGGCAGCAAACGACAGGACGGAUUCUCACCAGGUUCCGCCAAAUGAAGAACAGCAUCUUGUCGGGAUCGGGUGACAGUCAAAAGGUCCAGGUGGCUGUAGACGAUUGUGCCGCUGCCUGUCUCUCGGAGGAUAUAUUUGACUGUCAGUCGUUUAGCUACUGUUAUAACUCUGAGACGUGUGUACUUAGUGCCACACAUCCUGACGAGAAUCUCCAGGAAGUCAAAUACAGUUCUGCCUGUGAUCUCUUUUCACGCCAAUAUUUAGACAGCUAUGACGAGUUACCUGGACAGGUGUUAAAGGUAGAAACUGCAACCACGUUAACAGUGAAGACGGACAACUUGUGUGCCCAGAAAUGUACUAUGAAUACCUUAUGUAAGUCAUUUGACUAUUGUGCCAGCUCAAGUUCGUGUUUGCUGAGGAGAAAACAUACGUUAGACGUCCCCAGUUCUUUCCUCACGACUUCACACUUAUGUAACCAUUAUUCUAAAAAAUACGUGUUUGAUUUCAAGAAGAGCGAAGGCAGGCAAAUGAAAUACGGUUCAGUUUUACCUUUGAGAGGGAUAUCGGUAGAACAGUGUGCCAAGUCUUGUGUGGAGGAGCAAACAAUUAACUGCCAAAGUUUUGACUUUUGCAGCAACACAAAAACGUGUAUGCUUCAUAGCCCAAGUCCGAGACAGGCUCCUCCGGGGUCGGUGAUCAGCAGUGCUAAUUGUAGUCUUUAUUCUAGGAGAUAUUUUCCUGGAGGGACACAUUCACACACUCUACCAACCUUAGGACCUUACAAUCCGGGUACCGGAUGUAUUCAUUCUGAUUCCAAUACUGUAAGCUCCUCUUCAAGUGCUAGUGCAGGGGCCUUGGUGGGUGUUGCUUUCGGCGUGUUCAUCCCUGGACUAGUCCUUGGUGCUGUUUUGGUUACAUUAUUUCGAAGCCACAGAGAAAAAAAGCUAAACAAAGAUGGCAUGAACAUAACAUUUGUAAAGGAAGAUCAUGAACUGAGUUAA